AUGACCACAUACCUCGUUAAUGACGGCGACCUCGCUGUUCUAAAGGGCAUGACCAUUGUUAUCAUUGGAGGCACGACAGGUAUAGGACGAGCUGCUCUGGAAGCGGCUGUCGAACAGGGGGCGAAUGUCAUCCUUGGCGACUGGAACGAGAAGGAGGGAACUUCCCUCACGGAUACACUAGGAGAGCGCAUACUUUUCAGGAGCUGCGAUGUGUCGAACUGGGAUAACAUCUUGGAUCUAUUCGAAGCUGGCUACAACAAGUUCGGAGUGAUCCACAGCGUUCUAUCCAAUGCUGGUAUUAACACAAAUGAGGAUCUGCUCGAGGACGUAACAGAGGCACAGACUGGUCGUCUUAAACCACCAUCUCUCAAGUCUAUCGACGUCAAUCUGGUUGGACAGCUUUAUGUCACCAAAAUUGCACUUCAUUACUUCUCCAAAUGGCCAGAAACGCGGUGUCAACUAGUCUUGACGUCUUCUGCCGGGGCAUUCUUCCCUGCUCCUCCGAUUUACACGUACUGCACCGCAAAAGCCGGAGUGGUCGGGUUGAUGCGCGCGCUACGCUCCGAAACUCUCAAGAGGAAUGUCACGAUUAACACGGUAGCUCCUUGGCUCACAGUUACCCCCAUGCUGCUUGCGGACUGGCUUGCUAGCUGGACAUUGCCGAAGAACACACCAUUGGGUGUCGCUAAGGCACUUUUCCUGCCCAUCAUAAGGCCAGACCUUAAUGGAAAGUCAUUUUUCGUCUCUGGAGAUGAAAUCACUGAGUUUGAGGAUACACUGGCCAAGGCAGAGCCUGAGUGGAUGGGUCAGCCUUUAUGUGAAAAUGUUCGCGAGGGCCAGCGUAUUCUAUUGGGCGAGAAGUAG